UGUCUUUUUUACUUGCAACUCACGUGCAGUUCUUUAUCCGCUGUUUUCACCGCUUACUUUACACUUCAGUUUCUGGUCAAAGCUAAAAGCAUCUUUUCUAAAUCUAUUUUAACAGACUUUUGUUAUUAUAAAUGAACGAAUCUCAAGUUAAAGAUUUUCCAAGAGGUGGGGCUCAGGUUUUAACUCCUCUUGAAGCUAGAAAAGUUCGAAGUAUUGCCGAAAAAGAUGCUUUAUUUAAGAAAGAAGAACCAAUCAAAAAGAAAGUUAAAAAAACAGAAAAAAUCACUACAGUAAAGAAACCAUUAAAACAAAAGUUGCGUGAUCAAUUUUCUUUCAAGUAUAUAAGCAAAGGAUUACUCAUACUUGGAUGUGUUAGAGAUAUUAAUAAAAAAGAAUAUAUUAUUGGUUUGCCUAAUGGAUUAAGUGGUUAUGUCAGUUUUGUUGAUGUUCAAUCUUUCCUUCAAGAAGUUGAUUAUAUAGAAGAUGAGGAAAAUCAAAAAAAUGCUAUAUUGACAUCAUCAUUGCUAUCAGUUGGUCAGUUAGUACCAGUUGUUGUUAAGAAAAUUGACUCAGAUAAACAUGGAUAUAGGAAAAUAUUGCUCAGUAUUUUUCCUUCUGAUAUAAAUGGAGGUGUAAAAGCAAAUGCUUUACAUAACAAUUUGGUGUUAUGGGGAGUGAUACAAAGUAUGGAGGAUCAUGGUUUUGUUGUGUCAUUUGGAAAUAAAGAGUUUAGUGGGUUUUUACCUGGAACUGACUCAGAUUUAAAAGUUGGCCAAUUGAUGUGGUUUGCAACAACUAAAGUUAGUUCAAACAAGAAGGUUUUAACUGUUUCACUUGAUCAUAAUAUUAUUAUAAAGAUGAAGUGCUUACAAAAAUCUGCCAAGUUUACUUCAUUAAUGCCUGGACAUUUGGUUGAUUUUAAAACAGAGAAGAAAUCAGAAAAUAUGGGUUUUGGAUUGAUAUUUGGAAGUUUUGAUGCUUUUGUUGACAAACGCCAUGUUCCUUUAGAUAAAGAAAUUGUAUUAAUAGAGCAUGAGAAGGUUGAGGCACGAAUCAUUCAUAUUGAUCCGAAUACCAAAAAAAUUGGUGUUACACUGUUGCCAGAGUUGAUCAAGUUUCCUAAGAAUAUUUUAUCUAAUCAUCAUUCUGUUGGAGAAGUUCUUGAAUGUCAAGUAGUUCGCUCUGAUUCUUCAAGUGGUCUUUAUAUGAAAAUGUCUGAAAAUACCUAUGGUUAUGUACACAUUUCACAAACAAAUGAUAAUCGCACAACUAAGUUGGGUAAAACAUUUAAAGUUGGCACAACACACAAAUGCAGAGUACUUGGUUUUAGUGCAAUGGAUUCUGCGUACACACUUACUAUGAAAAAGUCAAUCUUAGAAAAACAGUUUCUCUCAUAUGAAGAUCUAAAACCAGGAAUGCUCAUAUCUGGUACAAUAGUGACAUUAGAAGAUUUUGGUUGUAUAAUUAAAAUAACUGAUAACAUUAAAGCUUUAUGUCCGAGAUUGCAUUUAGCUGAUAUUAAUUUGAAACACCCUGAGAAAAAAUUUGUGGAAGGAAAAAAAUUGCAUUUCAGGGUCUUGAGAUGUAAACCAUCUGAACGAUCAUUAAUUGUAACUCACAAAAAAACCCUUGUGAAUUCUAUGUUUCCUAUUGUUUCAUCCUAUAAUGUCGAUGUUGGCACUGUUGCUCAUGGUUUCGUAACUGCUGUAAAAUCUUUUGGGGUUUUUGUUGCAUUUUAUAACAAUGUUAAGGCUUUGUUACCAAAAUCUGAAAGCAGAUUGGCUCCAGGUGCAACAGUUGAAACUAACUUUUACAUAGGCCAGGUUUUGCAAUGUACAGUUAUAUCCGUUGAUGCAUCUGCUGAAAAAAUGGUUGUUUCCCUCAAGCACAACGAUCCAUUUAUUCAAGAGAAGUUAACAAUCAAUCAAGAGAAAGCAUUGGAAAUAGGAGAUGUUGUUCAUGGCCAUUUCGAAAAACUUUCUGGGGACAUUAUAAACGUUAAGUUGGAAAACAAUUUAUUGGUUAACAUAAAUCAAAAACAUUUAUCUGAUUUUGAAAUCAUUAAUGAACAAUGGGCUAAUAUUUUAAAAACAGCUUCUAAUGACCUUCAAUUUCAAGAUUUGUUUGUAUAUGAAAAGGAUAAAAAAUUACAGACAUUUAACACUUCACUUAAACAAGUCAUUCAUGGAAGAAAGAUAACAAGUUUCAAUGAAUUAAAGGUUGGUAUGGUUUUUGGAGGUACUGUAUCUCAUGUCAUGUCAUAUGGGUUGUUCGUUUGCAUCUCUCCUGGAGUUAAUGGAUUAGUUCCUAAUGGUCAUUUGGCUGAUAAUUAUAUAUCUGAUCCAUCAGAGAUGUACAGUGUUCAUCAAUCUUUGAUAGUUAAGGUAAUAGAAAUAGAUGCAGAAAAAAAUCGAUUUUUACUGACUGCAAAGCCAUCUUUGUUACUGAAAGAAGAAGGAGGUCCUAUAAAUGUGGCAAUGUCUACAAAUAAUUUAUUACAUAGUUAUUUAAUGCAGAGAAAAAAUUUACAUGUGUCUUGUUCCUAUUCUGAAGAUAAAGAAGUUCAAGUUCUUCCCAGUUUAAUAGGCGAGGUCAUUUUAACAAAGGUUUCUGCUAUAUCAAAAGAAGAAGUUUUGGUAACAUAUCAUGACAUACAUAGUGAAUUACUUUUGAAAGGAGUUGUAUCAUCAGUUGAUCAUGAUUUGGAAGUUGGUGAUGAAUGCCAGCUUAUUGUUGUGGAUAUUGAUCUUUCAAAAAAGUUGUUUUAUGGAUUUGGAGAAAAAAAUGCAAUUGCUGCUUAUUUAAACAAAAAAACAACAAAGUUCAAACCUGAUGUUAAAAUGAAAGGAACAGUUGUUUAUGCAAAUAGCUUUCUAAUCGCAGUUGUGAUAGCAGACAUGAACUUUACGCUAGCUUAUGCUUUUCCUAAAAUGCAUUUAAAUGAUGUACUCAAACAACCAGUUCCAAUUCAAAGUGUAGUUGCUGUUACUUAUUUAGAACGUGUUGAUGGAAAAGUUUUGGUUAAACUUGUAUAUGGUGAUAAUGAAAGUAAUCCAGCCUUGGGUUCAUUAGUAUCUGCUGUUGUUAAAGGUAUCAAACCAGCACAACUGAGUGUAACAUUAAUGAAUGGCCGUUUAAAUGGAAGAAUACACAUAUCAAAUAUUCAUGACACAAUAGAACAAGGUAAAUCACCUCUAAAAGCUUUUAAGCCAUUGCAAGUAGUAGAAGCUAAAGUGAUUGGUUUUCGUGAUUUACGCACACACAAUUAUUUGCCAAUAUCACACACAAAUAUAUCUCGAUCAAUGGUUGAGUUAUCUUUAAAGCCCAGUGUAUUAACAUCACAAGAAACUGAAACAGAAAAAAAAAUAAAUCAGUUUUCUAUUGGUGAAGUGGUUAAUGGUUUUGUUGCAUCGGUAACGAAGAAGAGUUUAUGGAUAUCAGUGAAUCCUUUAGUUAAAGGAAAAGUUUCCGUUCUAAAUAUCUCAGAAAACAUUAUGGACCUAAAUAAGUGGAAGUCUGUGUUUAAAGUUGGUUUAGGUUAUUCAUUUCGAAUUUUAAGCUGCAAAGAGGAUUUCCUUGAACUGACUAGAUUAGGAGAAGAUCUUAAUGUUGCUAAAGGUGUUGUAAUCAAUGGGAAAAUAUCAAAAGUUCUUAAAAAUGCAGGAUUACUCAUUGAACUUAGUAAUGGAAAAGCAGGUGUAGCUCAUAUAACAGAACUAAGCGAUCAUUUUGAAGAAAGUCCUUUAAAUGGGUUUGCUGUUGAUCAAUUCGUAAGGUGUAAAGUGUUGGCUAUUAAAAAAAAUGAUGAAAUAGAUCUAAGUUUACGGCAGUCCAGAAUAAACGAAGGGCAAGCUAAUGCUGGAGAAUGGGAUAGAUACAUUAAUGGGUAUGAUGAUAUAAAAGAAGGUGACAUCUUACGUGGUUAUGUGAAGUCUUGUUCAAAGAUAGGAGUUUUUGUUAGUCUUUCACAAACUAUCAAUGGACGUGUUCAAAUAAAAAAUCUUUCACAAUAUUUUGUUAAAGAUUUUGAAUCGUUGUUUCAUGUUGGAAAAUUGGUCAAAGCUAAAGUUAUACAUAUUGAUCCAACCACUAAUCAUAUUGAUUUAUCUCUGCGCGGUAAAGAUGUGAAUGAUGUUGAUCCAGCUCCCCCACCAAAACGAAAGUUACCUGUUAAUGAAGAAAGUGAGAUAAAGAAGAAAAAAAAGAAUGAAGAAAAAGAGGAAAAUGAGCAAAAUCUUUCUUCUUCUGAAAGUGAAUUUGACAUUGAUGAUGCAAAAGACAAAGUAAAGGAGGAAGUUACAAAGCAAACAUUAAAGAUUGAUUCAUUUGAUUGGAAUGAAGAAGAAACAAAACCAAAAAAGAAUGAAAGUGAUUCAGGUGACAGCUCUGAAGAUGAGAAAAAAGCAAAGGUUGAAGCCAAAAAGACAAAACGACAAAAAAAAGCUGCAAAAAAAGCAGAAGAAGAAUUUCUCCAUAAGGCCGAACUUGCUUUACUUGAUACUGAUCGACAUGUCGAUAGUUCAGAAGAUUUUGACCGACUAUGUUUGGGUUCACCAAAUAGCUCUAUUAUUUGGAUUCAAUAUAUGGCUUUUCAUUUGCAUUCAGUAGAAAUCGAUAAAGCAAGACACGUUGCACGAAAAGCUUUACAAACUAUAUCAUUUAGGGAAGAGCAAGAGAAGUUAAACGUUUGGGUAGCACUUUUGAACUUGGAAAAUAUGUAUGGAACCAAUGAAUCAUUGGAAAAGGUUUUACAUGAAGCAGUUCAAACCAAUGAUCCAAAGAAGAUUUAUUUAAAAGUGUUAGAUAUUUUUGCUAGAACGAAUAAAAUCACGGAAGCUGAAAAAUUAUAUCGCAUUGUUUUAAAAAGGUUCAAAGGUAGUAAAAGUGUUUGGAUUAGUUAUGGGUUUUUUCUUAUGAAAUGUGGAAAAUUGGAAGAAGCAAGAAAUCUUUUACAGCGCUGCCUAAAAUCUUUGCAUGAAAGAAAACAUAUUGCAACAAUUGUUCAGUUUGCUCUUAUGGAGUAUAAAUUUGGGGAGCCACAGCGUGGGUCGACAAUACUAGAAAGUGUGUUAAAGAACUAUCCGAAGCGCUCUGAUAUAUGGUCCAUAUAUAUUGAUAUGACAAUUAAAAUGGGUGACUACGAGCAAGUUCGGAAUAUUUUUGAACGUGUAACCACGUUAAAAAUGAGUGCAAAAAAGAUAAAGUUUAUGUUUAAACGUUAUUUGGAGUUUGAACAAAAAUAUGGCAACAAAACGACUAUCGAAGCUGUAAGGAAGCGAGGAAAUGAUUAUGUUGAAAUGAAUGACAACGAAUAAUAAUACAAUUUUACAAAAAUAUAUUAUUUUUAUAAAAGAUUUCUUCGCUUUUCUUGCUUA